CGAAAAAAAAAGGGGGUUGCGAGCUAAAAAGGUUAAGAACCGCUGCACUAUGGCCCAAUAUAAAAUGCUCAUCGGAAUAAAGCAUGAAGAUGUCUGAUCUAGAUCUACAAAAAUUUUGUCACAGAUUACCAAAAGUCGAGCUUCAUGCACAUUUGAAUACAACCUAUAGUCUACGAACUCUUCGCCUUUUAUUGGAAUCUAACAAUGGCAGUGAAAAUAUUGAAGAUAUGUACUUUACUACAAGUCAUCCGAUAGCAGAAAGUUUUAAGCUGUUUACCAAAAUACAGUCACUUGUGACAACGCCUGAGGAUGUCUACAUUCUGACAAAAAGUAUUAUUGAAGAAUAUGCUGAAGAAAAUGUUAAGUACCUAGAAUUGAGGUCUACACCAAAGCAUAUUCCUAGUUCUGGGAUGACUAAAGAGGUGUAUUUACGAACAAUGAUUGAAGCCAUCAAAGACAGUGAAAGUGAAGGUUAUCCAAUAAUUGUCAGAAUAUUGGUAUCAAUUGAUCGUAGGCAAGGCUUAGAAAAUGCAAGAGUAGCAGUUGAUCUUGCAGAAAAACUAAUGAAUGAAGAUAACAUUGUUGUUGGUAUUGACUUCAGUGGAGAUCCAGAGGUUGGUGAUGCUGCUGACUACAUUCCAGUAUUUCUGGAUGCUGCUAAAAGAAAACUGAAACUUGCUCUACAUUUAGCAGAGUUAAACAAGGAGCAUUCCUUUCAAGAGACUGUGAAAGUACUAGAGCAGUGUUGUGAUCUCCCCAUUCGUAUAGGUCAUGGCACAUUUCUACACCAUGCUCAACAGAAUGACAAAUGGUCAGCAUUGGCAAAUCUUGUGUAUACUAAGAAGAUACCAAUAGAAGCAUGCAUUACUUCAAAUCUGAAAACAGAAACUGUGCAUUGUUUAGAGCAACAUCACUUCAAGUACUGGAAAGAUAGAGGACAUCCAGUUAUUUUAUGUGCUGAUGGUAAAGGAGUGUACAACACAAGUCUUUCACAAGAAUAUUUCUUAGCAAUGUCUGCCUUCCAGCUGACCCAGCAAGAGCUCAAAGACUAUGUUGUAGGAACAUUAGACUCUAUUUUUGGGAGUGAUGAGAUCAAAGAAGAACUUAGAACUGAAUUUACUACGUUGAUGAGCACUUUACCUUCAGUGUAAAUCUUUAGGUUGAAUAGAAUGAGUUCAUUUGACAUUUGUUGGUAAAACAUUACCUGCAAAGUAGGUUAGAAAAGUUGACACAUUGGGUGUAAUUUUUGGGCAUUAUAUUUUGUUGUUAUUUUCAUGUAAGAUUUUGUGUUCUUUAUUGUUUAUGACAUGAGGAGGUGAUGUAUUUGUCCUAGUCACUUCCGCAUUGUCCAUUGCAAUUGAUAUUUAUGUAAAGAGAUUUUCUAUCUGUAUACUUGAAAUCCCUCAAUUCUAUCAAAUUAUAUUUGGCAGCUGCCUGGUUAUUUGGUUUGUGCUCUGGACUGUUGUUCGAACCCUGCCCACUACCAUCCCCUGUUGGAGGUUUGGUUUGUGCUCUGGACUGUUGUUCGAACCCUGCCCACUACCAUCCCCUGUUGGAGGUUUGGUUUGUGCUCUGGACUGUUGUUUGAACCCUGCCCACUACCAUCCCCUGUUGGAGGUUUGGGCUAGGAUGGAAUAAUCUUCACUUCUGAAGGACUAUCUCAAGAUGAUUAUAAUGCUCAAUGAUUUUCAACUGAAAUGUAUUCAAUAUUUAUUUUAUUGUUGCUAUUUUACAUACAUAAACACCAUUUUUAAAACAUUUUAGAAUCUUUUAUUUUAUAGACUAAGUACAGAGUAUAUGCAAUUCUGCAGCAUAUAUGAUUAAAUUUUUGGACAAUGUUGUUUUUUUUUUUUCAGUAAUGUUCAUUAUGUGUUUUUAGGUGCAAAAGAUACUUAUCUUACCUUGUAACAAUUGUAACAAGCAUUUGUUUUACUGUUACAAGACUUCCCCUGAGAUUUUCACUAGGGUAACAUGCAUUUAUUCUCAAUAAAAUUUUGAUAACUCUCUUUA